CAUUUCCCCUUUGCGGCAAUUUGAUUGGCUGCCAGAUUCCAACAUGGCGGUGUGAGGAAAAAUAUUUCUGCCAUUCUCCAGCAAUCCCAGAACCAGGUAUUUGGAUUUGGUUGACAAGUUGCCAUGGAUUUGAAAUAAUGUUGUGUGCUGCAUAAAAUGGAAGAUGGAGAGAAUGCUAGAUUCCACGAAUCUGACAAUCGUCAACAUGAAACCCCGAGAAAAUCUAUAGACACUCAGAUGCAUUCUUAUGUACGAUUUGUGAACCUUACGUUGCGACGUGUUGAUGUGAUUUGGUUGAAUUACCAGGGUAUUCGGGUUCACUAUAAAACUCUGGAUCCAGAACAAUAUUUUAAUAUCAAUACGUAUGUGGGUCAUCCAUGGAUAUUCCGCGAUAGUCUGACUGGUGAUAAAUUAGUGGUUCGGUUAAAGGAAGUGUUUGAGCCUGUUGUGUGGACUGGAGAUGACGGGUGGCCACCUCAAAGGAAAGUAGUGAAUAUCACUAUUCCAGUAUAUUCUCUCAAAGAAAGAUGUCUCCAGAUUCUUCGACGUGUAGUUCCGAGAAAGCACAUCAAUCAUUUGGAAAUACCCCAUACUCUCAAAGUUGAGCUACGAAAUGAAGACGGCGAAGAGCAGGAGGAAAUGCUAAAGUAUGAACCGUCAGGAUAGAACAAUGUCAAAUAGAAGUUAGUCAGGAUAGGACAAUGUCAAAUAGAAGUUGGUCAGGAUAGGACAAUGUGGAUAACAUCUUUGGAUAACAUCUGUGAACUAAGUGUCACUUGUUAUUGGAGCUGAAUAAUUAAUGUGCAAUCAUGUAUAUUCUGUCAAUACUUUAGAAAGAAAAAAUAUAU